CACACACACACACACACCUUGCUCCGCCUCAUUUUGAAUCUCUGUAACUUUUCAUCAAUGAUUCACUCUCUGGUAGUCUCGACCUUCCUCCAUGACCGUCAACAAUUAAAAACACUGACCUCAGAUGAGCUUGAGUCGCGAGCCUCUCUGCCAGCUGUCUGAGUCUCCUCACAGUCCUGAACAGAGCACACACAUCUCCUUCUCUCUGCACACAGCAUCUUGUUCCUUGCAAACCAGAACUACAAGCUCCUCUGGAUUCUCAGGUUAUCAUACUGAGGUCUGUCAGACACUGAUGCUGGAUCAGUGGGAGUGGAAUGGAUAAUGGCCAUGGCAAACUGUAAUCUGCGGUCACCGUCCUCCCCUCCUCAUGUUGAUGUCAACCUGGGACCUUCGGCAAACCCUCAUGCCAGGCCCACUGACUUUGACUUCUUGGCUGUCAUUGGUAAAGGGACCUUUGGAAAGGUCCUGCUUGCCAAGCUAAAAGCCGACAACAAAUUCUACGCCGUCAAAGUGCUGCAGAAGAAAAUCAUCCUGAAGAAGAAAGAGCAAAAGAACAUUAUGGCAGAGAGAAAUGUGCUGCUGAAGAGUCUGAAACAUCCCUUUCUGGUCCGACUCCACUACUCCUUCCAGACCCCGGAGAAGCUCUACUUUGUCCUUGACUAUGUGAAUGGGGGAGAGUUGUUCUUCCACCUGCAAAGAGAGAGGUGUUUCUCAGAGCCCAGAGCCAGAUUCUAUGCAGCCGAGGUAGCGAGCGCCAUCGGCUAUCUUCACUCUCUCAACAUUGUUUACAGAGAUCUGAAGCCAGAGAAUAUUCUCUUAGACUCUCAGGGCCAUGUGGUGCUGACAGAUUUUGGACUGUGUAAAGAAGGCGUAGAGCCAGAGGGAACCACCUCGACUUUCUGUGGAACUCCAGAAUACUUGGCACCAGAAGUUCUUCGUAAAGAAGCCUAUGACAGGACAGUGGACUGGUGGUGUCUGGGAGCAGUCACCUAUGAGAUGAUCUACAGCCUGCCUCCUUUCUACAGCCGUGACGUUGGUGAAAUGUAUGAUGGGAUCCUCCACAAGCCGCUGCCACUGCCUCCAGGGAAGUCUGAUGCCGUCUGCUCCCUGCUGGUGGGACUCCUGCAGAAGGACCAGCACAGACGCCUUGGGGCCAUCGCCGACUUUUUAGAAAUAAAGAACCACACAUUUUUCUCUCCAAUCAACUGGGACGACCUUUACCACAAGAGAAUCACUCCUCCUUACAACCCGAAUGUGAGAGGCCCGGCUGACACUCAGCAUAUUGAUCCUGAGUUCACCAGAGAAAUGGUUCCUAACUCCGUGAGUCGAACCCCGGAGUUCAACGCCGGCACCAGCUCCAACAACGCCUUCAAUGGGUUCUCCUUCGUCGCCACUGAGGACAGCUUUCUGUGAGGCAGGAGUUAACUGUCAGAUGUUUGAACAGGGUGAUUCUUUUAAUGGAGUGAUAUUUCUUUUUUUGAGUCUCACGAAAAUAAGAGCUCCUCAUGAAGCACUGCAGAAAUCCCGACAUGUCAUCUAUGUUUGACUACUGCAGGGAUUUCCCGAUUUUUCCCUUUUGAGGGUGUAGCAGAGGGAGCACGCCUGCAAUGGAGACAUUUAUGGUUAAAAUAUGUUCCAAAAAGAUUGCCUGAAAGUCCCAGGUUUGUUCUUAGAGAGAUAGGGAGGAUCUGCAUAAACGCGUUACCAAGAUGCAGUAAAAAUGAUUGUUAUUCCAUUCAUCUUCAGUGGAAUAACGAGUGUGUUUGAUAAUUAUUUUAUGAACAAAAAUUGUCAUAUUAUGUCUAUUCAAAAAGAAAUCCCCCACCACAUUGUCUUCCUGUGUACAUCCGGACUGAGGGCUCUAUUUUCCUGAAAAUGUGCAGAUGCAAAUGAAGGCAAAAUUUCAAGUGCAAACAGAAAUAGGCAUGACCAUCAAACAACAGCAGGAAGAGGUGUGAGUGUGAUGCCCUGCCAUGGAGUUUGCUCUGAGCAGAGGAAAAAAUAUAAAAUAAAAAGGAAAAUAUUUAUAAUACAUAUGUAAAAUUACACAAGGCACAUCUCUCAAAUCAGACUGUUGAUCUGACAUUUCACAAGUUGUUUUUGGAAACUCAGACAUCAAACAGAACAUCAGUGCUGACGUCACUGGAUCAUAAUCAUGUAGAUGAUAUUACUGAUCUUCCUCAGCAACAUUUAAAUUUGUAUUUUAUUGCUCUAUCAAUCUGCAGUAGCUUAGAUGAAAACAAACCAUGUAGCAAACAUAAAGAGGAAGAACUUAACAUACAUGAAAGGUGCUUUGUGAUUAUGGAGAGGUCUGUGCCUGUACACCUAUUGCCCUGAAAAUAGACCUGCAUCUGAGGUAAAGAGCAUAAAACUUAUUUUGCCCUUAUGCUGGCUUUACACCUGCAGGAAAAUAGAGCCCUUAAUAGUGUCUGUCUCCCUGAUCCCUGAUGAUUUUUACAGAAAAACAUAUCUGAAUUUUUUAUGUGAACAGAAAUAAUAACCCUUAGGUUCACCACCAGUGCUUUGAAAGAAGACAGCAUCCAAAAAAAGAAAUGAAAAAGGCAGUUCGAUUUUUUAACAUCAAUAAUACUACACUCAUACCCAGCAGAAACAGAUGGGUAAAAAAAAAUCUACUGCUUUAACCAGCCGUGUUUUUCACUUUAACAUCAAAUAUCAAAAAACAACUAUCAUUUCACACUUUUGUCACAUUGCUAUGAUAAAGGAAAACUGAGAUGACUGGCUGUCUCUACUGGCUUUUCACAUCGUCCUAUGGGGUCAGAUUUCACAGGGAAACUGCUGAAUUGUUGGAACAAACUGCACUUUGUAAUCAUUGUUAGUAAGUACAUCAAGUCUGUUUUUUUCUUGACUGAAGACCAAAACAAAAAGUUUGACAAAAGAAAGACGACGAAAACUCAGCUAAGAAUAAUUAUAAUAUAAUAUAUAUGAGACAGUGAGUGAUACAGUUGGUGUGAAACAGAGGCUCUCACAACAGUGGUCUGGUUUGUUUAAGGCAGUUAUGUCAAAGUGUCAAAAUUAGUUUUCAGAUGAUGCACUGGUAUUAAAAAAUGCUCCGUGUAGCACUUUUUAAAAAAAUGUCAGUUAGCUACACAGUGUUUAUUUUGUGGACUGUGGUUUUAUGAAUUGUAACUGGGAAGCUUGGAAAAGAUUUUAGCUUGUAGAUAGCAAACAGUGAUGUUGAUUAGUUUUGUUUCAUGAUACAUGUUAGUGUUAUAUUGAAUACUGUAUGAAACAUCUGUAAAUAUACAGUAGCAGCUUUGAUGUACUGUAGUAACGUGAUAACAAAUGAAGUUGGUGAUUGAUGGUGCUUGACGUUGACAGUGCUGGGUGAUGCAUUUGUACAUCUGAUGUCCUUGUUAUUUUUAUUAUGUCAUUUACAUAUCUAUAUACCUGACAUCUGGUAUUAAAGAAGCUUCUCUCUUUCAGUUGCUGAACAUAGCAUAUCCCUAUUUACCUGCUUUAAAAGACUAACGUUAGUUUUGCUCAAAGUUUUAGAUUUACAGAACAAUAUACCAGAUGCUGGAAACCAAAUACGCUCACAGGGGAAAUGCAGCUUUAAUAACUUCUCCUAAAUGGUCUAAAGUCACUCAGACGAAUGCUGCUCUGACCCUCAUUGCUCAUCGUUUGCCUUCUGAAACUGUAACCCUGCAUGCCAAGCCGUUGUUCCUUGACUGAUCCUGUUAAUAGAUAGCUGAUGAAAGAGUGUCACGUCACGUGUGUGUGUGUGUGUGUGUGUGUGUGUGUGUGUGUGUGUGUGUGUGUGUGUGUGUGUGUGCGCGCUAAUUGUGUGUAUAUAGAAAA